AACAUGCAGGGUGUUUUUGCACAAAACAUUUCUUUUACAGAGUUUAAACUGAAUGGCUUUUAUGCUUUGGGAGAAUGGAGACCUCUGCUAUUCAUUCCGUAUUUUUUGAUGUUCUUGUUGUCUGUCGUAGCCAACUGUAUGCUUUUGUAUGUAAUAGUAUCUAACAGGGCUCUGCACUCUCCUAUGUUUAUACUGAUUGGUCUUAUGACCAUUGUGGACUUGGGUGGACCAGUGCUUUUUGUACCACACAUGUUGCUUAGCCUUUUAUUUGGCUGGAAUGGGAUUUCUCUUCUGGGUUGUUUAAUACAAAUGCUUUGCAUUCAUUAUAAUGAAUCAUGUCAGUCUACAUUAUUGUUGUGUAUGGCACUGGAUCGUUACUUUGCUAUAUGCAGACCACUAUUUUAUCACAAGCAUAUGGAAGUCUCUAACUUCCUAAAAUUUAUUAUAGUGCCAUUAAUCAGAAAUGGAGUCCUAAUUACCACAUUUGUCUUUCUGGCUGGGAGACUGUCUUACUGUGCAACAAAUGUGAUGGAUCAUUGUUUUUGUGAGCACAUGGCAUUGGUUCAGUUAGCAUGUGGAGACAUUUCUAUUAACAACUUGGUAGGACUUUUGACUGCUUUCCUAGUACCAACUGUAGAUUUUGUUUUCAUUACUAUCUCUUAUAUAAUAAUAUUCAUCUCUGUUCUGAAAUCUGGCAAGACUCAUUUAAAGGCUAUGAAAACUUGUGUUACUCAUAUAAUUGUGAUGAUAUGUACUCUAACUUUUGCCUUAAUGGCGUUUUUGUCCUACAGAAUAAGAAAUGAUUUCUCUCCAAGCAGCCGUGUCUUUCUGAGUACAAUGUAUUUACUUUUCCCAAGCUGCUGCAACCCAAUCAUUUAUGGACUGAGAACAAAAGAAAUAAGACACCAUUUUCUAGAAUUAAUAAAACGCAUAAAGAUCAUACCCUUGUAA